GCCCCACUAUAUGAGCGCAGCCCAGCGAUCCGAGCAGGGACUGUGUUAAAGGAGGCGCACGAUGGAUGGAACCGACGCGAACCGGAGGAGCUGCUCCAAGGCAGAGACCGAGCCGCUGCAGGCGGUCGGUCCGGCCGGGGACAAUGACAGCCAGGGCAGCCCUGCUGGGAACGACAGAGUUACUUUGAAGAAGGAAAUUGGACUUUUGAGCGCGUGUGCCAUUAUUAUCGGAAACAUCAUCGGCUCGGGGAUCUUCAUCUCUCCGAAGGGGGUCCUGGAGCACGCGGGCUCCGUGGGCCUGUCCCUCAUCGUGUGGGUGCUGGGCGGAGGGAUCUGCGCCCUGGGCUCCAUGUGCUAUGCCGAGCUGGGCGUCACCAUCCCCAAGUCUGGUGGAGACUACUCCUACGUCACCGAGAUCUUCGGCGGCCUGGUUGGGUUCCUGCUGCUGUGGAGCGCGGUGCUCAUCAUGUACCCCACCACGCUGGCCGUCAUCGCCCUCACCUUCUCCAACUACGUCCUGCAGCCCGCCUUCCAGGACUGCGUGCCUCCCUACAUGGCCACCCGGGUGCUGUCCACCAUCUGCAUCUUGUUCCUCACCUGGGUGAACUGCUCCAGCGUUCGUUGGGCCACCCGGAUCCAGGACGUCUUCACCGUGGCGAAGCUCCUCGCUCUGGGCCUCAUCAUCGUGGUGGGGCUGGUCCAGAUCUGCAGAGGCUACGGCGACAACCUUGUGCCCAGCGUGGCGUUCGAGUUCCUGAAGGAGCCGUCCGUGGGUCAGGUGGCGCUGGCAUUCCUCCAGGCCUCCUUCGCCUUCAGCGGCUGGAACUUCCUCAACUACGUCACCGAGGAGGUGGUGGAGCCGCGCAAGAACCUGCCCCGGGCGAUCUACAUCUCCAUCCCCUUGGUGACGCUGGUCUACACCCUGACCAACAUCGCAUACUUCUCCUCCAUGACGCCAGAGGAGCUGCUGGCUUCCAACGCAGUGGCCGUGACAUUUGGAGAGAAGCUGCUGGGGAUGUUCUCCUGGGUGAUGCCCAUCUCUGUGGCUCUGUCCACCUUCGGAGGGAUCAACGGAUACCUGUUCACCUCUUCCAGGCUGUGUUUCUCAGGGGCCAGGGAGGGCCACCUGCCCUACCUACUGGCCAUGAUCCACCUGAAGAACUGCACCCCCAUCCCUGCUCUGCUGCUCUGUUGCAUCGCCACCAUCUUCAUCCUGUGCAUCGGUGAGACCCACAACCUCAUCAACUACGUGUCCUUCAUCAACUACCUGUCCUACGGGGUCACCAUCGCCGCACUGCUCUACCUGCGCUGGAAGAAGCCCAACAUCAUGAGGCCCAUCAAGGUGAACCUGCUGAUCCCCAUCAGCUACAUGGUGUUCUGGGCCGUGCUGCUGGGCUUCAGCAUGUACUCUGAGCCCGUGGUGUGCGGCCUGGGCAUGGUCAUCAUGCUGACCGGCGUGCCCGUCUACUUCCUGGGCGUCGUCUGGAAAAACAAGCCCAAAUGGGUGUACAGCACCCUGGAGCGGGUCACCUACGUGGGCCAGAAGCUGUGCUACGUGGUGUUCCCCCAGGACGACCCGCUGGAGCUGGUACCCCUCGCCCCGUCCAAGGCCAGCGACUGACCCGCCCCCUGACCCCCGACCCGUGACCCCUGACCCCGACCGGAGCGCUCUGAUCCUAUGCCAGUGGUUCUCGUCACAUUCUCCCUGUGUGUGUGUGUGCGUUAGGGCCUUGACUCCGAACUUCGUUAUUCGAAUGUAAUUCGAAUAACAAAAAAAAAAUCAAAAUUCGAACGAAUAUUAGGCAGCCCAUAAUAUUCAAAGCUGUUAUG